AUGAGCGCUCAUGUAAGCAGCGUAAGUAGAACUAUAAACGGCGGAGCUUUCAACUUAAAAAGGAGCGAUCAGGGCGAACAGUUCAAGCGAGAUCCUCAUACAAAACGAGAUGCAAAAAUAGAUAAUUAUUUUCAAUAUGAACAAGUCCAGCUACCACAUACUCCUCCACAUUGUAUUUUUUUGUGUGAAGCUUCAUCAGGUGCUUCCGAGGGAUCAAAGACUGAUAAAGGACGAGAAUCUGAAGCAGGACUGGAACGGCCAUGCAUAUCAGAGAAUAAGGAGCUGUCCAAACGAUCUCGAGAAAAUAAAGAACAAGAAUGGAGACCACCAAAUUUCAUUCCAUCAGAUGAUGAAAAUAACGAGUUUUCAGAUUAUGAUGAUGAUAAAAUUUUGGAUAAUGAUAUCAUUUUAAAAGACAAAAAAAAGUUAACUGCAAUUGAAAAAGCAACUUUAAAAUACGGCCACGAAAAAAUUCUUAAGAUUCCUGAACUGGAUCAAGAAGUAAAUAAAUUUAUUACAAGGAUAGAAGAG